AUGGCAAAUGAAGAGCCCAAGGAAGGAGUCAAGAUUGGGAACAAGGAUCAUGUUAAUUUGAAGGUGUUUGCUCUGGAUGGUUCUGUGGUGCCAUUUAAGAUUAAGAGGCACAGGGCACUUGGUAAACUAAUGAAAGCUUAUUGUGAACAAUAGGCUUGUCAAUGAGCUUUGUCAAUGAGGCAAAUCAGAUGCCAAAGGGAUGGGCAGGCAAUCAAUGAAACAGACAUUCCUGCACAGUUGGAGAUGGAGGAUGAAGAUACAAUUAAUGUGUUCCAGCAGCAAACAGAAGGUGUUUAUUAA